GACAACGGCAGAAGAACAGUUUCCUCUUCUUCUCUUCUUUUUUUCUGAUUUCAUGCUUCAACCAUAUCCAUGGAAGAAGACGCUUCCACUUCAGGGAAUAGCAACAUCUCUCCCCAACUUGUGAACGAAUGGAUUGAAAUCCAAGAUUCACUCAAGAAACGGCUGAUAACAGAUGACGAAUUCGACUGGAAGUUACCCCCAAUGAAAGACCAAGAUUCUGAGGGGAUGGAAGAAAAUCAAGAUUCUAACGUUGAAAUCCUCAAGUAUGUGGGUGGGGUUGACUUGAGUUUCUCAAGAAAUGACUCGUUAAUUGCUUGUGCAACCCUUGUGGUUCUGGACAUUUCUACUCUUGAAGUCGUGCAUGAAGAUUCCUCCAUUAUUAAGCUCCGUAUCCCUUAUGUUCCUGGCUUCUUGGCAUUCAGAGAGGCACCAGUGCUUCUAGAACUUCUAAAGAAAAUGGAGACGACAUCACCUACAUUGUAUCCCCAGGUACUGAUGGUUGAUGGCAAUGGACUUCUUCAUCCUCGAGCUCCCUUUCUAUGGAUUUCAUUGUUAUGCCACUAUUGGUCCUUACUGAAAUCAUUGGAAAGGUCUGCAGGCUUUGGAUUAGCUUGUCAUCUUGGAGUGUUGGCUGAUCUUCCUACCAUUGGGAUAGGAAAGAAUUUGCACCAAGUUGAUGGCCUUACGCAAUCUAGAGUAAGACAAGUGCUUGAAGCUAAUGGAAAGCCACGUAGUGAUAUCUUCCCUUUAAUCGGCGACUCUGGGUCUACUUUAGGAGCAGCAAUGUGGACAACUAAAAGCUCCCUAAAACCCAUAUUUAUUUCAGUUGGUCAUCGUGUAUCUCUUCCGAGUGCCAUCAAGAUUGUCAAGUUGUUUGGUAGGUUUCGGGUUCCAGAACCCAUCAGGCAGGCUGACAUUAGAUCAAAGGAUUUUUUUCGAAAGCAUGGCUUAAGCUAAUAUCGAUCAUCGAUUGACAUAAUGGAAGUGGCAAAUCAUACGGUACCAUUUGAAGUUGAUAUCAAGAAAAGAGUUCGCCUGACGGACUUGUCUUGGACUUGCUUCAUAAUGACGAACCUGUUUCGGAUUGUCUUCCAAGUAUGAGCCUCAUGGGUUUUCGAGGCUUUUGUUUAUGUAAAUUAGAACUCUUUGUUUAUAGA